GGAAUAUAUUAAAAAGAAAGGUAAGAUUCAUUAAAUGGUAUCAGAGUAUAAGGGACGUUAUUCGUGUGUCGCAUGUUAAACAAAUCCCGUGGUUUGACUUUGGAUUCUCAGCUUUCAUAAGGCGGCGUUGGGUUUUUUACUGGGUGCAGCAGCACCAGUGAGUGAGUGCCCCAGCCCCCAGGCCAGGCCCCAGUCCUCAGUGUGAAGUGAUGGAGCUGCCCCGUGUUGGGAACUGCAGAGCCAGGCGACGGACACCCCUGCUGCUGAUGUGACGGAGACACGCAAGAUGUAACUUGUGGAUUCUUCUCAAAGGCCCCACUCAAAUCCCUAGACGACAGAAAAAAGGAGUAACAUCUGUUUAUGCACAUAUUUCUGUUAAACCCCCCUGGAAAAAACAGAGAUAGACAGAAGAUAAAACACCUUUAAAAAUGAAACAUUAAAAGGAACAAAUUGCCACUGGAGAAACUAAGCAAAGUCAACCUGGUUGAGGAAUCCAUCAUCUUGGGAUCAACAUCUUCGGAGAAAGGGCAGGGUCAUGUCCCAGUUGCCAUGCGCAUCACCACGGUGACCUGCCUUCCCUGCCCCUCUCCCCUCCUCCUCCUAUUGGUCCAGCUGCUACUGCGGCUCCUCCUCUCUGGGCCAGAAUUUGUAGAGGCCGCCUCCCCCUGCCCCACCCAUUGCAGCUGCUCCAAUCAGGCCAGUCGAGUCAUCUGUACAAGACAGAGUCUGGAUGGGGUGCCUGAGAGCAUAUCAGUCAACACACGAUACCUCAACCUGCAGGAGAAUUCAAUAGAGGUUAUCAAGUCAGACACCUUCAAGCACUUGAGGCACCUUGAGAUCCUGCAGCUGUCUAAGAACAAAAUCAGUCAGAUUGAGGUGGGAGCAUUCAAUGGCCUGCCCAACCUCAAUACGCUGGAGCUGUUCGACAACCGCCUCACCCUGGUCCCCUCACAGGCCUUCGAGUACCUCAGCAAGCUGCGGGAGCUGUGGUUACGGAACAACCCCAUCGAGACGCUGCCGGGCUACGCCUUCCACCGCGUGCCCUCGCUGCGCCGGCUGGACCUGGGAGAGCUCAAGAAGCUGGACUACAUCUCAGACGCCGCCUUCGUGGGCCUGGUCAACCUGCGCUACCUGAACCUGGGCAUGUGUGGUCUGAAGGACAUCCCCAACCUGACGGCCCUGGUGCGUCUGGAGGAGCUGGAGCUGUCUGGGAACCGUCUGGAGAUCAUCCGGCCUGGCUCCUUCCAGGGCCUGGUGUCGCUCCGUAAGCUGUGGCUCAUGCACUCGCAAGUGAAGGUCAUCGAGCGCAACGCCUUCGACGACCUGAAGAACCUGGAGGAGCUCAACCUUUCCCAUAACUCCCUGCACUCGCUGCCCCAUGACCUCUUCACCCCACUGCACCAGCUGGAGCGGGUGCACCUCAACCACAACCCCUGGGUAUGCAACUGUGACGUGCUGUGGCUCAGCUGGUGGCUGAAGGAGACGGUGCCCAGUAACACUACGUGUUGCGCCCGCUGCCACGCUCCCCCCGGCCUGAAGGGCAGGUACAUCGGGGAGCUGGACCAGAGCCACUUCACCUGCUACGCUCCCGUCAUCGUGGAGCCGCCCACCGACCUCAACGUUACCGAGGGCAUGGCUGCAGAGCUGAAGUGUCGCACGGGCACCACCAUGACCUCGGUCAACUGGCUCACGCCCAACGGCACCCUGAUGACCCACGGCUCCUACCGUGUCCGGAUCUCCGUGCUGCACGAUGGUACGCUCAACUUUACCAACGUCACGCUGAGGGAUACGGGUCAGUACACCUGCAUGGUGACCAAUUCAGCUGGCAACACCACGGCAACCGCCGUGCUUAAUGUCACUGCCGCCGACGUUGGCGUCAGCUACUUCACUACUGUCACCGUGGAGACGGUGGAGCCCAACGAGGGCCCGACAGUCUACGCGGGCGUCAUGAACAGCCAUAACGAGUCAUACGUCAUUACCCCGUCUGGCCACCAGUGGAGGGGGGGGCUCCCUACCACCGCCUCCUCCCUGUCAGCCUGGUCCUUGUCCUCAUCCCGGGCCACCCGGCCCACCUUUACUGUGCCCAUCACUGCCGAGACGGGCUAUUCUGGCCUAGAUGACGUGAUGAAGACCACCAAGAUCAUCAUUGGCUGCUUUGUGGCCAUUACCUUCAUGGCAGCCGUGAUGCUGGUGGUCUUCUACAAGCUGAGGAAGCAGCACCAGCUGCACAAGCACCACGGCCCCGCCCGCGCCAUCGAGAUCAUCAACGUGGAGGACGAGAUUGGCGCCGGUGCCGGUGGACGCGGGAGCGGCAUCUCAGGGGGCGGCACCGUCUCUCGGGAUGGAGGCGGAGGGGGAGGAGUAGGAGGAGGGCAGAGCCUGAGGAUGCAUCACCCGGAGAUGGUCAACCUGCCCAACCUGGCCAGACAGGAGCACCUCAACCACUACUUCAAGGCCCAUCACUUCAACAACAACAUGAUGGGCCUGGGCAUGGGCCUCAACAACAACAACAACCCCUCCCUCUCACCCUGUUCCCAGAACCAGAGCACCCCCAACUCCUGCGCACAGGGGCCCACCUCCACCAGUGGUGGCACCCCCACGGGUGGCUUGCUGCCCUCCCCUGUGCCCCUGCCCCAGCUGGGCAUCCACAGCUCUCUGAAGGGGCUCAUGGGGAAAGGCCAGAACCCUCAGAUCGAGCCUCUGCUCUUCAAGAGUGGCUCCAAGGAGAAUGUGCAAGAGACUCAGAUCUGAGAGAAAGAGGGAGAGAGAGAGAGAUGGAAAAAGAGAGAGAUGAAGAGACAGAAAACAGGGAGAUGGAAGGAGUGGAGUCUGAUUGUACUCGCCCCAUGGCCAUAUUUCGAUAGAAAGUGUAGGCAGGCAGAAUAUGAAAUAUUACAUAGACAUUGCUUUGUAUGGUUAGUGCAUAGAGAGAGAGCGAGAGGAGAGAUUGUUCUCACACCUCUACUGUGUCUGCUCAACACCCGUCCAAGCAUUAACAUCUUCUGAGACACUCCAAGACACACACAGACACACACAGCCCGACACAAGGACAGGAACAUUCUAUCAGCUAACACAUACACAGUGCAUUAUGAGAUUGACAACUAUGUGCCAAACUUGCGCAUAUCUGUGCCAAAGUAAAAGCCCUCGCAAUCUAUAUAUCCAUCCGCAGCAUUCCCAGACUGAAUCAGGUGACCAGGUUCAAUACUCAGACACAAUAAGUAUCACCACGGUUAUAACUAAAUACAGAUGACCUCGUAUAUUACCAGAUACAAUCCAAGUCACCGUGUAUAUAUAGAGAUAAGAUCUGAGUCACUAUGUUGAAGUAGGCGGAUAAGUGUUUGGGACUGUGUAAGAGCAGUACAGGGCUGCCCAGACGCACUCUGUGGAACAGGACAGAAAGUAAACCAUUGAGCAGAACACAGUUUAGUGUCGGACAACAAGCAAUGUGUAGGAAGAGGAAACAACAUCAACAACAGUUGUGUUUUACUUAGUGGGCUCAAUCUCACUUUCUCCCCUCUUUCACACCUGACUGGCUACUCUCUUUAAAGGAGAGGAAGGUAUAUGGAGUGAAUCGUCGUAAAAAAAAAUGUAAUAGCAAAAAGGACUACGAAAGAUACAAAUAAACUGUGAAAGUACAUAUUAUAUAUAAAUAUAUUUUCAUUCGAAGAAAUAAAUUAUGAAGAAUCUUUACCAAGUUUCUGACUAAAUAGCCACAGCUUCUGAAGAAUAUAUGAACUGCUGUCAUAGCGGUCAUCACCAUGAAAACUUUGUUUGGCUAGAAACAAGAUGGCCGACAUUCUGUGCUGGAAAGGGACAUAUUGUAGUGGAGGCUGUGGAUGAGCAAGAGCUAAAAUUGGAAACUGGCACAGUAUUUGAUUGAAUUUAUUUUGGCUUCAUUUUUUGUAGCAUCACAAAGCAUUCCCUCUCAUGCCACAUUUACAUAAACAGGGUCAUUGGAGAAGGGGGAUCUUUACUCUCCAUUUAAUGAGAACAUAUGAAAUAUGAUUACAAAACUUUACCCUUUGAUACAAACAAUAUGGAUAUUGUAAUGAUGAUAAUGAUGAUAAUUAUAAUAAUUCAGUAAAUGCUUAUCAACCGUAUACUGUAGAUAGCUCUUAAAAGCAGAUAUAGGUUUGAAAUUUUCUCUGAUUCAAGUGGUGAUAUCAAAAAUUGCAAUGUGAUCGGUUUCAACUUCAUGCAUUCAGUAUAUCUGUAUGCAAUAUAUCAUGAUAUUGAGAACAAAUGAUUAUUAUAAUUAUCAUCAUUAUUACUAUUAUUAUUACUAUUGAUUUAUUAUUGUUAUUAUUAUCAUACACUGAGUGUACAAAACAUUAGGAACACCUUCCUAAUAUUGUGUUGAAGCCCAUCUUGCCCUCAGAACAGCCUCAAUUGGUCGGGGAAUGGACUGCAAGGUGUUAAAAGCGUUCCACAGGGAUGCUGGCCCAUGUUGACUCCAAUGCAUCCCACAGUUGUCAAGUUGGCUGGAUGUCCUUUGGUCCACCACCCAUUCUUGAUACACACAGGAAACUGUUGAGCUUGAAAAACCCGGCAGUGUUGCAGCUAUUGACACACUCAAACCGGUGCGCCUAGAACCUACUACCAUACCCCGUUAAAAUUCACCCUCUGAAUGGCACACAUACACAAUCCAUGUCUCAAUUGUCUCGAGGCUUAAAAAUCUGUCUUUAACCUGUCUCCUCCUCUUCAUCUAUACUGAUUGAAGUGGAUUUAACAGGUGACAUCAAUAAGGGAUCAUAGUCUUCACAUGGUCAGUCUAUGUCAUGGAAAGAGCAGGUGUUCCUAAUGUUUUGUAUAGUCAGUGUAUAGGUGGCAGAGCAGUCUAGUACAUCCUUAUGAAAGUUAUGUUUAUAAUUGAUUCAGUGGGGAAUGAUUUGAUUACACAUGGAACGAUGACGAUCCUUUCAACCACCAUAUUGACUCCCAACAACAGGGGAUGGACUGUGUUCCACCAAACACCAACCUGCAGAAACAGGAAAUACAUGGUCCUCAAAAUGGCUGCUCCCACAUGGCAUCCUCACAGCCCAUGCCUCCUCAGAAACUCCUCUGUUUUGUACAACAAAACCAGUCUCAGCCGAUCAGGACCCCUCAUUUUAUUCUGUUGUGUAAAAGACAGGACAUGAACCUUUGACGAAGACUGCCCGUUUGCAGAGGAUUAUAUCAGAACUCAGUGUUCUCAUGUGUGAAUGGAAUUCAUGGCAGCAGGGAACUAAAGGAGGACAGCAUUUUGAAGCGUUUGAAAGGUAAGAGAAACCUAUUCAAUGAAAGAGACAGAGAGAAAGCCUAGAUGAAUCAUAUGGUGAUGGGUGAUUUUUUUUUUUUUAAGGAAAAGGACAAAUAAAUGAAAAAUAUAGAAACGUAUAGAUCUCUUUAAAAAAAAAGCUAUUAUAAGUGUUUUUUCAUUUUGUUUUUUUAUCUAGUUUGAUUAUUUCCUUUUUAUCUUUUUUUAAAAUCAAGUGUUAUCUCAAUUGAAAUAUUGUUAUUGUUAUUAUAAUUUGCUAAUUACACUGGUUAUAAUUCUGAAAGAUGUUCUGUCAGCAGAAGUUACAUUGAAAAAUUAAAAUACCUGGCACACAAAAUGGCGGUUGAACUCUGUGAAA